CAGGUCCCGCCCUCAGCGCUGCUAGCGAGACCGCAGAGAGCUGUACUUCACUCCACAGGCAGCGCAGGCGGAGGACGGCGGCGGACGUGUACGAGGCAGGAUGGAUGCAGGCUCGGACCCCGUGGUUAUCGUUUCGGCGGCGCGGACCGCCAUAGGCUCUUUCAAUGGUGCUUUAUCUACUGUGCCUGUCCACGACCUGGGCUCAACUGUCAUCAAAGAAGUCCUGAAAAGGGCCACACUAGCUCCUGAAGACGUGUCUGAGGUGAUAUUUGGACAUGUUUUGUCAGCAGGCACUGGGCAGAAUCCUAUUCGGCAAGCCAGUGUAGGAGCUGGGAUCCCUUACUCUGUUCCAGCAUGGAGCUGCCAGAUGAUCUGUGGGUCAGGCCUGAAAGCCGUGUGCCUCGCUGCCCAGUCCAUAAGGAUUGGUGACUCCAGUAUUGUGGUUGCAGGAGGCAUGGAGAAUAUGAGCAAGGCUCCUCACUUGGUUCACUUGAGGGCGGGAAUGAAGAUUGGUGAGAUGCCGUUACGGGACAGUAUACUUUGUGAUGGCCUUACAGAUGCAUUUCACAAUUACCAUAUGGGCAUAACUGCUGAAAAUGUAGCCAAAAAAUGGCAAGUGAGUAGAGAAGCUCAAGACAAGGUUGCUGUUCUAUCUCAGAACAGGACAGAGGGUGCACAGAAAGCUGGCCAUUUUGACAAAGAGAUUGUACCAGUUUUUGUGUCAUCUAGAAAAGGUCUCACUGAAGUUAAAGUAGAUGAGUUUCCUCGCCACGGGAGUAACCUUGAAGGGAUGUCCAAGCUAAAGCCUUAUUUUCUCACAGAUGGGACAGGAACGGUCACUGCAGCUAAUGCCUCAGGCAUGAACGACGGCGCUGCAGCUGUGGUGCUCAUGAAGAAGUCAGAAGCUGAUCAUCGUGGACUUACGCCUUUAGCAGAGAUCGUUUCCUGGGCACAAGCAGGAGUAGAGCCUUCCCUUAUGGGAAUAGGACCAAUUCCAGCCAUAAAGCAAGCUGUUACAAAAGCAGGCUGGUCUCUGGAAGAUGUCGAUGCAUUUGAAAUCAAUGAAGCCUAUGCAGCCAUCUCUGUUGCAAUAGCUAAAGAACUUGGAUUAAACACAGACAAGGUAAAGAUUAGGAAGUAUUCCUUAUAGUGCCGGUUCACUCCCA